GGGGGCAGGGGGCAGUAAAACCGCACACGCCGCCUUCCCUGCCGGCUUUCAGUCGGGGCAUGGCGGUGGGACGCAAGCGCCGUUUUACCGCCCGGCGCAUUCCAUCCGGAGCCUGAAGCGCAGCCUUGGAGUUGCACUGCGCCGGAUUUCUUCAUGGGCGGCCAUAGAGACGAAGCGGCUCUUCGCCCUUAACGAGAGCGGCGUUGUCCUUCGCUUCCGGGGGCUGGCGGGUUGCGGCCGAGUGAGCCUGGCGUCAUGGCGAAGCGGAUAAUUUAUCCCCUGUACCAGCUGGGUAAUCCUCAAAUAAGGGUUUUCCGGACCAAUUACUUCUUGACAUUGGUGAGGCCUGGUGUUCCGCAGAUGGAAGACACAGUACAAUUCCGCAUUCCCAUGGAAAUGACACGAUUGGAAUUAAAAGAUUACCUUGAAAACAUAUACAACGUACCUGUGGCUACCAUAAGAACCAGGAUACAGUAUGGUUCCAACAGGCAGAGGGAUCACAAAAACAGACGUAUCAAGAAGCCAGAUUACAAGGUUGCAUAUGUACAGUUGGGUGCAGGACAAACUUUUCAGUUUCCAGACUUGUAUCCAGAGAGACCAGAAACCAUUGAGCCUGGCUCUCUUGAGGACAUCCAGAAGAAAUUCAUGGAGGAUGAGAUGCAGAGACAGAAAGAUGACCCCAAGCGAUCAGGAGUUCCUAGCUGGUUUGGACUUUGAUGAACUCAUCCUUCUGUUUUUCCUUUGGGUAUCUUGGAGGAACUGCAACCAGUACUGGUCGUCAUUUUGUGUAUGAACUUUAAAAAAAAAAAACCUUGUGAAUAUCUUGGUGGUACCAUUUUUAUGCAAGAGAUUCAUUAAAAGAACUUUCCAGCUUGUUUUUGAGUGUGGAAAGAUGUAUCACCUGAACUACUCACCUCUUCCUAUUGUAAGCAGCUUAUUGGAAUGUCAUUUAUUGGAGCAUUGUAGAAGAAGAAUGUAUAAGGGGGCUGAGCUAGCCGUCCCCUGAUGAUGCAAGUGUCUAUCUAUAAGAAUGACUGUGACUUGCAGAAGCUAGCAGGCAGGCUAAUACUUUGGACUUUUUGCAACUUUCGGAAUUAAAUUUUCCCUAAUACAGUACAAAAUGGAGGUAUGUUCUGAGGAGGAGGUGACACAAAAUGCAUUCUGGCACCCUAAAGGAAAGGUGGUAAAGUUUCAAAACAUGCAUAAUCCAAUCAAAGCCAGUCCAAUAAAUAUCAUUGCUUUGCUAAGCCUC